CUCAAAAUGUGUCGUCCGUUUUGUGUUUAGUCACUCCCUAUGAUCAAACGUCUCAUUGACACAGAUUGAAAAUGGAGAGCAACAACACGGAUAACGACUUCGUCUACGCAGUCAUCAACAAUAUUCCUUCUUCAUAUCAUUCUUCAGACCUCAGAAAUUACUACUCGCAGUUUUUAGAGACAAGUGGAUUCAAAUGUUUUCAUUUCAAACACAGACCAGAGUCUAGAACCUUCGAUACACCGAAUUCAAUUCCGACGGAGGAAAAACGUCCAGGAACGUUUUGUUGUGUUGUCAAAGUCAGUGGAAACCGAUUUCCCGAAUUCAUGAAAAUGUAUCACAAGAGACACUGGCUGGAUAGGAAUGGAGAUGUCAUGCCUGCUUUAUGUUUUAUUUCAAAAAUCAGAACAUCUGGGCAGAAUUACGACCAGGGCGAUAAAUACAAAACAAGAGCAGAACAGAAAUGCGUUCCACACAAUAGAGAACAGUUCACUAUCAGUGACCUGGAGAAAAUGAAGGAGUUACAUCCCCCUGAUAUUAUGCCAAAUGGUAAUGUAGGGACUACAACCUCCAUAUUCCUAGAAUACAUCAAACAGUGUCGUCUGCCACCAGUCAUCAUCAAAAAUCUUGGACUGUCUUUUCCAAAGACAAGAUCAAACAAAAGAUACGGAAAUGUUCCUUUUAAUUACAAUGGAACAGCAGAAAGUUGUCAGGACCAGGGAGAAGAGGAAUCACCAGCCGUGGAGGUCAAAUCAUCUACAGGUCAAGAUAUUCCGACAGAAAUGUCAAUCACGUCCCCGAUCGAUUUAGACGAAGACAUUUUAGGGCAAAAAGACGAGUCAUUAGCCUCAUCACAGAAUGUAAAGACCGGUGUUGGCUCACAACAAAAAGGUUCAAAAGACAAAUUCAGGCAGGACCCUGAGACAAAGAGAAGAUUUGAACUUAGAAUUGAAGAGAAUUUGAUAGGAAAAGAAGGCAGGGAUUCUGAUGAUGACAAUGAUACAUGUGAAGAGUGGGAACGCCACGAAGCAACGAACGAUGAUCCAUCAAACCAGGAGAGAAACUCGGAUCGGUUGUUUGAGGAGGAGAUAGAACUCAAGUGGGAGAAGGGUGGCAGUGGUCUGGUCUUUUAUACAGACGCUCAGUACUGGAAACAGCUGGAAGGAGAUUUUGAUGAGCAGACAACAGAUGACUUAGAUGUUGAUAUGAGUAUAUACUACGAAAAAGGAGCCGGAGACAAGGAUGCCAGAGACUACGUCACAAUGCGUCAGGAGACACGCCGACGUGACGGUGUAGAACAAACAGACAGAUUCAGUGCUGGUAUUGCUAAAAGGCGAUCAUCAAAUAUGAAGCAUUGUAGCAGUGUGGCAUCGAAAAUUGGUAAAUUUGAGCAACACACAAAAGGAUUUGGACGUAAGAUUCUCACACAGCAAGGUUGGAAUGAGGGUGAAGGCCUUGGAUCUAGUAAAAUCGGGAUCGCUGAGGCUCUUGGAUCAGAGGGCCAGGCUCCUAAGGACAAAACAGGAUUUGGAUACAGAGGAGAAAGGUUGUUGAAGACAAGGGAUUUGAAGCACAAAAAGCCACAAGAAGAAAGGUUGAUAUCUACAAAAUAUGAUGAUCCAUCGGAGACUGAUCCUGUGGACCCCCUGCUGAGACGAAGUCAUCACUACCAUAUCUCCCAUCGCCACAGUCAUCAUGUUGCCUUCACAGCUGCAAAAUCUCAGGAAUGAACUAAAUAUUUAAUGAUUUCUCCUCAUUUGAGGACCAAACACAUUCAUAUUGCAGCAUAGGUGUCAACCUCUGAAACCUCCAAUGGUGGAGCGGGUCUCCUUCAUUCCACAUUUCCAAUGAGGGAGAAAGU